GCUCAUUAAUUCUAAAUCGACGAGAGGAGCUGUUCUGACGGACGCAAUGGCACAAAUAUGUCCUUUGUUCUAGAAGCUCGGCGGAAGCUAGUCGCAAACGCCGAAAACCUUCCACUUGGGCUGUCCCCGGGCCGUUUUUUCAUCAUUAUGAUAUUCCCCGUCUUGCCAAACCCCUAGUUUAACUUCAUUACUAGUGCUCGUCUGGGUCUGCGAUUCAUAAAUGCUGAGAGGCGUGUUCCUGCGCGCGCCAUCACGUCGGCUGUACGCUACUAUGGCCUCAAGCACACCAGUGGAAGACACGAUCCGUGCAAAGCUGACGGAGGCUCUGCAGCCGACUAGGCUGGAGAUCUACAAUGAUUCGCACUUGCAUGCUCACCACAAGGCAAUGGAAGGCAGCACUUCUAAGGAGACACAUUUUAGAGUAGUCGUCACGUCGCAAGCGUUUGAGAAGAAGAUGCAGGCUGCGCGGCAUAGAAUGGUGUAUGGUUUGCUGAAGGAAGAGAUGGCUCGCGAGGGUGGGAUACACGCGCUACAGUUGAGGACGAGGACACCGGAGGAGGAAGCCAAGAUGCAGGCCGCAGAGGAGGCGGAGAAGCCAGGAAAGUAUGCGGCCGAUGUUGAGGCGACAUGACAGCGGUCGAGGCCAUCAACUCUGUAGAAGCUGUACCACUAUCGCCGUCAACAUUACUUCUGCGCAUCGAGCUCGAUCACGACGUCUUCCAGAUAGCAAUUGGAACGGACAGUCCCGUUGUCUAGUGCACAAUCGCAGAACUGGUGCUGCGCCAUGUUGAGCGAACCUUUCACGAUGUAAUAUCAAUGUUCUCAUUCAAGCGCUACGUCGACCUCACUCUACUACAUAUUAUAGUGAGACCAUGUGUUAAUCAAGCGGCGAAAACGCGUACUUUUUGCACGUGUAGAGUCUGCUUCGACGCUGAGCAUCAACGAGC